AUGGGCAUUGAGUUGGACAAGAAGUUCGAAGAGACAUGGAGUGUAUAUGUCGUCGUUCUUGAAUCACGUGAUACGCCCCAACUGGUGGGAUGUCCGGGGCGGACCCCUCCAUCUCGCAUCAUCAAUGACCUUCGGAUCUCUCCAAUUCAACACCACAACACCACAACAAACCUCAAGAUGCCGGCUUACAACAGCAUCUUCAAUGCCGACUCCCACCCCCCAUCCACCGCCAACAUAGGCGCCUUCCCUCUCCUCCCCCUCCGCACGCGCGUCCGUGGGCCCGCCUACACGCUGCCGCCCGACGCUUCUCUCCCCGCCCACCUGUCCCCCGAGCCCGACAGCGAGAGCUACGACGCGCUGGACGAGGUGCUGAGCCUGUUCCGGGCGAACACUUUCUUCCGCAACUUUGAGAUUCAGGGCCCUGCGGACCGGCUGCUGAUCUAUGGGAUUCUGUGGGUGAGCGAGUGUUUGGGAAAGCUGAGGAGUGGGAUGAGUGGACGAGAAGCCCAAAAAGAAAUCCAGAGCAUAGCCCUCGACAGCAACUUCGCGAUCCCAGGCGACCCCGGAUUCCCUCUAAACCAGAUGUUUAAUCCCCCAACCAACAGGAACGAAGCAGAAACCCUCCGCCAGUACCUCUCGCAAGUCCGUCAGGAACUCGCCAUCCGCCUGCUCGCGCGCAUCUUUGAGGACGGUAGCGACCGGCCGAGCAAGUGGUGGCUGAGCUUCAGCAAGAGGAAGUUCAUGGGGAAGAGCCUCUAG